AUGCAGACCCAACAACUGCAGCCCCAACUCCACUGCUUCCACUACAGCCGCUCAGACAACUGCAGUCCCAACUACUACUGCCCCAACUACAGCUGCUCCCACAACUGUGGCCCCAACUACUGCUGCUCCAACAACAACCGCCCCAACUACUGCUACUCCAACUACUGCAGCCCAAACUACAGCUGCUCCCACUACAGCUGCUCCCACUACAGUUGCUUCUACAACUGCUGCUCCAACAACUGUGGCCCCAACUACUGCCGUUCCCACUACAGCCUCUCCAACUACUGCUGCCCCUACAACUUCUGCUCCAGCAACUGCAGCCCCAACUACAGCUGCUUCCACUACAGCCGCUCAGACAACUGCAGCCCCAACUACUGCAGCUCAAACUACAGCUGCUCCCACAACUGUGGCCCCAACUACUACUGCUCCAACUACAGCUGCUCCCACAACAGCCGCCCCAACUACAGCUGCUUCCACUACAGCCGCUCAGACAACUGCAGCCCCAACUACUGCAGCUCAAACUACAGCUGCUCCCACAACUGUGGCCCCAACUACAGCUGCUCCCACUACAGCUGCUCCAACAACUGCAGCCCCAACUACAGUUGCUCCUACAACUGCUGCUCCCACAACAGCCGCCCCAACUACUGCUGCUCCAACUACUGCAUCCCAAACUACAGCUGCUCCAACUACUACUGCUCCAACUACAGCUGUUCCCACAACUGUGGCCCCAACUACUGCUGCUCCAACUACUGCAGCCCAAACUACAGCUGCUCCAGCAACCAUGGCCCCAACUACUGCAGCCCAAACUACAGCUGCUCCAACAACUGCUGUCCCCAACUACUGCUGCUUCCACAACAGCCACCCCAACUACUGCAGAUCGAACUACAGCUGCUCCCACAACUGUGGCCCCAACUACUGCUGCUCACACAACUCCGCUCAGACAACUGCAGCCCCAACUACUACUGCCCCAACUACAGCUGCUCCCACAACUGUGGCCCCAACUACUGCUGCUCACACAACAGCAGCCCCAACUACUGCUGCUACCACAACAGCCGCCCCAACUACUGCCGCUCCAACAACUGCAGCCCCAACUACUACUGCCCCAACUACAGCUGCUCCCACAACAGCCGCCCCAACUACUGCUACUCCAACUACUGCAGCCCAAACUACAGCUGCUCCAACUACUGCUGCUCCCACUACAGCUGCUCCCACUACAGCCGCUCCAACAACUGCAGCCCCAACUACAGUUGCUCCUACAACUGCUGCUCCCACAACUGUGGCCCCAACUACUACUGCUCCAACUACAGCUGCUCCCACAACUGUGGCCCCAACUACUGCUGCUCCCACAACAGCCGCCCCAACUACUGCUACUCCAACUACUGCAGCCCAAACUACAGCUGCUCCAACUACAGCUGCUCCCACUACAGCCGCUCCAACAACUGCAGCCCCAACUACAGUUGCUCCUACAACUGCUGCUCCCACAACAGCCGCCCCAACUACUGCCGCUCCAACAACUGCCGUUCCCACAACAGCCUCUCCAACUACUGCUGCCCUUACAACUUCUGCUCCAGCAACUGCAGCCCCAACUACAGCUGCUUCCACUACAGCCGCUCAGACAACUGCAGUCCCAACUACUACUGCUCCAACUACAGCUGCUCCCACAACUGUGGCCCCAACUACUGCUGCUCCCACAACAGCCGCCCCAACUACAGCUGCUCCAACUACUGCUGCUCCCACUACAGCCGCUCCAACAACUGCAGUCCCAACUACAGUUGCUCCUACAACUGCUGCUCCAACAACUUUGGCCCCAAUUACAGCUGCUCCCACAACUUCCUUUAG